CACAAAAUAUCUUCAUUUAUAAAUUCAUUUAUAAUUGUAACUCCCUAACCUAAAUUUCCCGGCGGACAUAAUAGAAUUUCACGGGAGGGGCCGUAGGUUGAGAACCCUUGCUUCAAGCGAUUCUGCUCGCUUGUAAUUGAGGUAAUUGAUCGCUCAUCAUGUUAAUCGCAGCUCGAUGAAGGUCGUUCUCUUCGUAACGCGAAGUAAAAUAAUUCAUACUUAGCUUGGCGAGGAUGCGUCGCGGAGCGGCCGAGCGUUCAUUCGCGCAUUUCGCGCCGCUGAAUCGCGCUUAUCGUCCGAUCGUCCAUUCGCUCACAUUCGCUUGAUUCGCUCCUCGAUUGGUCCCUCCGCGCGCAAUAUGUAUCUAUACACGCACGGCGGCGAAAUGCGCGCGCCGUGCGCUGUGCGCACGUCAAUGUCGUCAAUGAUGACCAAUGAUCUCUGUGGCGUGAAGGCGAGGUCACGUCCUUUUCCUCGCGGCCGCAAGUAAACAAGGGCUCGAGUUCGAGCCUUCGCGGAACUUCGGAGGACGAGGAGGAUAUGGACACGUAGACGCGCGAAAUUUUUCGCGUGUGAGAUGCGCGAGAGCUCCGGGUCGCGCGCGACGACGACGCGGUGGUAAAGAGCGAGAGAGCGGGGCACCCGACACCCGAAGACGCUUCGUCGCGAUGCCGCCGAGCCGUCUGGACGCGGUCUACCGGAGCAUCCUGCUCACCAAGUUCUUCACCAAGGGCUGGGGCAAUCCGCAAAAUCUGCGAAGAAUCUUUGAAUUCAGGAAAGUUAUGGCAAAUCGGGAAGCAUGCUACAAUAUGAUACCACUCGAUUACCCGAUAGAGAUAACAAAGGAUGAAAUUUGGUCAGACUGUCAUAUAAUUGAAGGUCAAUUUGAGUCGCCUUUCGAGAAGCAUCUCCCUGGAAUAAUGCCAGAUAAGACCAAGACGGCUUACUUUCAGAUGGUCCUACCACCUAAAUGGAGUUCCCAUAAGAUAAAACCGAUUUGUUUACAUCUUGCGGGAACGGGCGAUCACUUUUUUUGGCGACGUAGAAAUCUUAUCGCUAAACCGCUACUCAAGGAAUCUGGGAUAGCAUCGAUACUGUUGGAGAAUCCGUUUUACGGACUGAGAAAGCCAGAUGAUCAAAUACGUUCCAGUUUGCACAACGUGUGCGACAUUUUUAUUAUGGGAGGCUGCCUGAUAAUGGAAUCGAUCGUUUUGUUAAAUUGGUGCGAACGACAUGGAUUUAGUCCGUUGGCUCUCACUGGAUUGUCGAUGGGUGGACAUAUGGCAUCGUUAGCAGCUACCAAUUGGCCGAAGCCAAUCUCAUUAGUACCUUGUCUGUCAUGGUCAACUGCCUCACCUGUAUUUACAGAAGGAGUAAUGAGCGCUUCGAUCAAUUGGGCACUUUUGGAAAUGCAAUAUUUUUCGGACAAAGUAUAUCAAGAUGAUCUCGCAAAAAUGGUGAAAAUUAUCGAUCACGAUGAUGCUUUUUUAGCCGGCCAACAUUUCGCGAAGCAUUUUCCCGCGAGCUUGAAGAGAGUAGAUAAGUUAAGAAAGGAGUCUAACGAAAAUAACGGAGACAAUAAUACCACGGGUGAUGCAAUUAGUACAAAUUCUAUCAAUAAUCGUAGUGACAUUAAUGUUACCACCGAGAACGAGUCCAAAAAUAAUAGCAAUCAAUUACACCAUCAGAUUGCAGAAGAGAAGGCGGCAGCCAAAAUAUUUCCCUUAAAUCUGAUUUCCAACAGAUUUAAAUCUAAGGAUCCCAAUGCUCUCAAAGGGGUGUGCUUGUUACCAGUACCGAAGCAUCCGCUGUUUUCAGACAACAAAUGGCGCGAGCACGAAGCGUUGCAAUUUAUGCGCGGCAUAAUGGAUGAGUGUACGCAUUUGAAAAAUUUCGAGGUACCGGUUGACACUGAAUUGAUCAUCGCCGUCUGUGCCAAGGAUGACGCUUACGUACCGCGAGAUAGUUGCAUGAGUCUGGAAACUAUCUGGCCGGGAGUUGAGGUUCGUUACAUCGACGCUGGACAUGUCAGCGCGUAUCUUCUUCACCAGAAAGUCUUCAGAUCCACAAUAGCGGAAUGUAUCCAACGAUCUCUGAAGAAGUAUCCUGUGGAGGUCAGUUGAUGAUUGCAAAUUGUACUACAAUUGUACAUUAUCUCAGGAUUGUCCUAAAUUUGAUUAGAUAACGGGAAUAUUUUCUCCGAGUUUGUGAUCGACUACAUCGUUCUACGCUUAAGGAUCACGGUUGUGCGCAAACGUAAUCUAUUUUUAAAUCAAUAUUUUUGAAUUUUUAAACUAUCAGCUACAAAAGAGUACGAUUGUUCAAGUCAAUUUAAUCGAGUAUAAUAAUAAUUGAUGUCAUUAGUACAUAGAAUGAGUUAGUUGCCAAUAAAAAAAUUGUUCCUACUUUAAAACAAUAAUAUACAUGUGACACAAUAGACACAAUAGUCUUGACACGCAUGUACACGCGUUCGGAGUAUUCCAUUUUAAUUCAAGAAAUCAAAUGAC